UACUUCUUAUCAUCAUCAUCAUCAUCAUCAUCAUCAUCAUCAUCAUCAUCAUCAUCAUCAUCAUCAUCAUCAUCAUCAUUAUCAAGAACUACGACGACCACGACCACGACAACUGCAGCGAAGAUUUGGAAAUUCGUGCAAGAAAGGAUAUAUGCUUUGCAUUACAAGGACACUGGGGAGGGAGGGGGAAUACUAGCAUGGCAAUAAACUAAUAAUAAUAAUAACAAUAAUAAUAAUAACCACAUCAACAACAAUAAUAAUGAUAGGGGGUUCUUAGCAUCUAAGGUCACUUGUUGUAGCCCGAUGUAAGUAUUUUUUUUAUAACAGUAUAAUGUGUAGUUUGUAUAAUAAUAAUAAUAAUAAUAAUAACAACAACAAUAAGAAUGAUAGGGGGUUCUUAGCAUUUAAAGUUACUUGUAGCCCGAUAUAAGUAUUUUUUAUAACACUAUAAUGUGUAGUGUGUAUAAUAAUAAUAAUAAUAAUAAUAAUAAAUAAUAAUAAUAAUAAUAACAACAACAAUAAGAAUGAUAGGGGGUUCUUAGCAUUUAAGGUUACAUGUAGCCCGAUGUAAGUAUUUUUUAUAACACUAUAAUGUGUAGUGUGUAUUAUAAUAAUAAUAAUAAUAAUAAUAAUAAUAAUAAUAAUAAUAAUAAUAAUAAUAAUAACAACAACAAUAAGAAUGAUAGGGGGUUCUUAGCAUUUAAGGUUACUUGUAGCCCGAUGUAAGUAUUUUUUAUAACACUAUAAUGUGUAGUGUGUAUAAUAAUAAUAAUAAUAAUACUAAUAAUAAUAAUAAUAAUAAUGAUAAUAAUGAUAAUAAUUAAUGGCUGAAGUGACAAUAAAAUUAAGUAUAAUGUUGGCAACAGCAGUUGUUCUGAUAGUAAUAACUCUGUCCAUAUUUGUAGUGACAACGAAAGUAACAGUAACAACUACUACAAGUUGAAAACUGACCGUCAGUGGCGACGUUGCGUAAGCGCGGAAUUUAUCCUUAGCAGAGAACACGAUACCACAACAAUAAAAAACGGUCAUAAUACCAGCAACAACAACGACAACAUUACUCGCAUUGUUAACAGAACAACAAAAAAAAAAGAAAGAAAAAAGAACAAAGACUUGAAAACAGCUUAAUUUUAACAUCAGUGAUAACAUCAACAACAAAAACAACGAGUUUGUUAAGAAGAGUUCGUCGUUAGAACGAACUGCGAACACUUUACAAAAGAUUACGGGAAAAAAUAAGACGGAGGAUAAAAGAAGAUAAAUGAAUACGAACAGAGAAUUAUAAUCUUUGGAAAGAAAAUUCCGAUGAUCACAGUUGUUACGAUAAACCAGUCUUACAGGACUACACUAUAAAUACAUGAUUACACAUUCAUCUCGUUGUGCUUUUAUUGAUCUCAAAACCAAUUACUUCGGUGAAUUAUUUUGGUGGAUGCAUAUAUUAGUGACAACAGGCGUCGGAAUAUAUGAACGUUCUCCGCUUGUCCUGGGGCAAUAAAAAAAAAAGUUACACAAAAGAAGAUAAGCAGAAGACAGAAAAACACAGAACCAGAACCAAAACCAGAACAGCACGAAACCAAAAGCACUACAAGAGAAUUCAAAUUUAUUACACGUUCUAACGUAUAUUAAUAGUUAUAGAAUGAUAUCAAAUGGAAUAUUAAGGAAUUUCUGUUUAAAAACCAAAAGCUAUGGGUUUAUAUACAUUUAUAAAAGUUUCAUCUCUGCAGUCGUGUUUAUUCAAAAAUAUAUUGUCUUACCAAGAAAAAUUGAUAAUUCCUCAAUUAUCUCGGAAUUGUAGAAGUCGUAUACAAUAAAGUUUUAAUAGUUAUCGAUUUUAAUAAAUAUCCCUGUCCCCUCUGACAUUUGAAAUAUAACGAAAUCUUUCUGAACCAUGGAGCAAAAGUGGAGCACAGACCCUCCCGUUAAAACUACUGACAACAUCUCAGAAACAUUUCAUUCGACCACAGCAGGAGAUAUUCAUGAAGAUAAUACAACUUUACCAGUUAUUUGUAUGUUGUCUGUAUUUAGUGUUGUCGGAACGUUUGGAAACUCAAUUGUUCUUCAUGUAUUCUUACGCCGUAAAGACAAAGUAUCAUCGACAAUAUUCAUUUUAUCUCUCGCUGGAAUCGAUUGUAUAACAUGCUUGAUAAUCAUCCCUUUUACUGUAAUCAUGGAAUACAUCAAUUACGGGAUACAAUACGAAGCUCUUUGUAAGAUAUACAUAUUUCUCAUAACCUUCAAUGUUCCGCUCUCUUCUUUUGUUAUGGUGGCCAUUGCAUUUGACCGCUAUUUCUGCAUUUGUCAUUCACUGAGGAACAUAAUGAAUCGCAGAAAAGCCAAAAUCAUUAUAAUUGUUCUCAUAGUAUUUGCAGCAUGUCUCGGAACCAUUACAAGUUUAAUGCAUGCUGUUUACACAUUAAAAGAAAACAGAGGGGCUUACUUUAACGAUUCCUCUUUUCCAGCAGAUUGCUUCAUAGAUAACACGACCGAACCUUAUACUAUAGUUUGCAAAGGAUAUUACGAAUAUGAUUACGAAAUAAAUGCCUCACCAGAUGAACACGGAUUGCAGACUACCUCACAGCAAUCAUUACGAAACGCUUUCUCUUCUAUUAUGAAUACGACAAAGAAUAUAAUAACAUUUACAAACACUGGCACAGAUGCUACUUUUUACUACACGGGAUUUUGUCAACCCUCGGAAAUAUUGUUAAGCAGACGAUUUCGUCACAUUUAUCAAAAGAUAUACGCGUUUCUGUUUCUCGCUGAUUUCUGUAUAGUUCUAGUGUUAUAUGUUCUUAUAUAUCGUUUUCUAGUCACUCGUCGAAUUAGGAGACACAAGUCACGUUCACUUAGACGACUGACGAGUUUCAACGCUAAUGAGGAGGAAGGAGACACAACGGAAACAAGGUUUCUCGCCGAUAUGCCACGACCUUCACCGGUAGUAGUUGCGGCAGCAGCUGCUGUCGCUGCUGCUUCCUCUUCAUCGAGUAGCAUCAGACGUGUGGCGAUGAGGCAUAAAGUUCCUCCCAGAGAGCGGUUACUAAUGGCCAACGUUCGAACGGCUGCUAUGCUAUUCGUAGUCACUGUAGUAUUUAUUGUCGUAUUCCUUCCAGCAUGGCUAACAGCGAUGCAAUUGCUUCCGGCCAACAAAAUUAUAUUCAACUCAUAUUUUUUGUACAAUGUCGUCAAUCCAUUCAUAUACGCUUUCAUGAACCCGAUGUUUAAGAAAGAAUUGCAGAAAAUGUUAUCGUUCCGCAAACAGGUGAUCAGACCUCGCUGUCUCUGGUACACUGAUGUGCCAGCAUCCUGCUGAUCAUAGAGCAAUGGAUAAACACCUUGUAUUUUUCUAAGGCAAUGGGCUCAAAUCACACACGAAAAGAGACUUAUGCAACGAGGACCAUACAUCAUACAGUAUCAAACAUGAAAUCGUCACUUCAAUAAAAUCGGAUUCAUGGUCAUAUACAUAAUGUAAUUACAAACAGUAUAUAGAUAUGCAUAUAGAUAUAUAUAUAUAUAUAUAUAUAUAUAUAUAUAUAUACAGAGAUGAGAGCCAGAAAAUGGAAUUCACGAGAGCACUUGACUCAGAACCACUAAUAUCUUUUCACUCAUCAUGGGACCGUAUCUUACAGGCGAGAUGUGUAUAAUCAGUUGUCAUGCAUUAUAGGUGCGAUACGUUUGUUUCUAUCACAAUCCAUUUUAGUUAGUAUGGUAGUUCAUCUGUCCCCAUAAUUAACUGAGAUAGAAUGCAAGAAUUUUUCGCAUAUAAGCAAUAAAACCAUAAAAAUGCAUAAUAAAGUAAGCGGGUGGAAAGCUACGCAGAAAUAAAAUGCUCUGUUAGAAAACAUAAAGCGAAAUGGCAAGAAAAAGACCAACUCUUUCUUGAAAAGUUCCUUCUGUAGAAGUAUCUGCAUCUAUAAUGCAUGAAAAUCGAUUAUACAGGAUCUCACCUGUAAGGUACGGAUGUAAAACCAGUUGAAAUGAUUGUAGAGGCUCUGAAUAAAGUCUUGUGGAUUCA